AUGGCCUUCACCUUUCCUCAAUUGUCGGAAAUCGAGUUAUCCAGCCAUCCAAUGUUAAAGACAUUAUUAAAGGACAAUGCUAUAUAUCAAAGUGUGAGAGCACUGCUCAGAUCUAAAAGGGCACUGGUGAUGUUACCAGUGAAGGAAGCAUGUCCGACUACUAUCUCAAGGCUGUUUAUCGAAGCUCACGCAUUUCUAGUUAAUGCCAAGAACACUCAUCAACUUGUCAGCUUGGCUGGACUCAAGGCUACAAUCGUCGGAUCAAAUAUCGUCUUCACUGGCAGGACAGAUGUAAACAUGUUCAAUCUGUCAACUAAUGCCACAGACCUGGCCUCGCUAUUCGAACACUUUCUGCCCGAAGCUUCGAUAGAUAUAAAUACAGUUCCACACGUAGUCCCAAUCUCCGAAAACCGAUAUCUGCAUGCUCUCGAAGAUAACGAAUUCAUAGAAGUCAUACUCAUGAAACGAAGUAUAACCGAGGAUGAUGGAAAACCACCAGGAAAACAAACUAUAAAGCAAUCACCAUUACAACAACCAUCCUAUUCAAUACUCCCAUCCUUUUUAUCCAGAGAUAUUGUAUCGCGCAACGGUGAUGUAGCGCUGGGAUUAGAGGACUUACCCGCUCCACAAGACGCCGAAACAACGUACUUUCUCGAUACUGUGAAGACACCGUCCUUCACGUCCAUACAGCUCGAAACCAGUAAAUUCCUCUUGGAAAUGGAAAAGUCAAACAAGCAGGGAUUCACCUCAUCGUCCCUCGAACUUCUGAUAAGACUGUUUUUUGAGCGAAUGAAUAGAAGUCUGAGUGAAUCUGCAAUAUUCGCUGCAUUCAGAGACCACGAUGAAGACGGUGUACGAAGAAUGAUGUCUGGACUAUCUACAUAUGUUUUGACACGAUGCCAUGACUUGAAUUACGAGAGUGUCUUGUCAGAUACUGGUAGAUCUGACGAUGAAGUAUUUGCACGUAGAGUGUCUGUCCUAAAUGUUAUUGGAUUCGAUCUAGAAGAAUUGGGAUUGGUUGUGCAUAAUCGCGCAGCGUUGAAGGAUUUGGUUAAGGCUGCUGGAAUAGAACUGACGAGAUUUGAACGUGCCCGAUGCCCACAGCAGAAACUGUCUGCUGUUGUGCGAGCUCAUAGAUGUAUAGCUGAAGCGAUACCGCUGUUAGAUAUUCAUGAAAUGGAUGAUGAUCCUUUAAACAUACAGCAGCGCAAGUCUAAUGCUGAUGACAUGCUGCCUGUGUUCAUAUAUGUGUUGCAUCGAGUCAACAUACCGCAUCUUAAGACAAACCAACGAUACGUCCUCCACUUCUGCCCUCCGAUAAACAUGGCUGGAGAUGCCUCGUACUGCUGGACGAAUUUCUGUGCUGCCAUAUCCUUUUUGGAAUCGUUUGAUUUGAGAGAACUUGGUUUGGAUGCUGAAAUCCUGGCCGGACUGACGAUUGAACCAAAACAACUGUGGGAUCCGUUAGCAAGAAGUCCGUACAGAGAACCGAGACCCCAGCAGCAUCCCUCUUCAACAACAACCGCAAACACAUCACCAUCUGCAUCAUCUGUAGCACCACAAUCAUCAAACUACUCGUCAAUGAUAACGAAUGGUGUAUCUGGAGUUGUGAACGGGGUAGUAGGAGCAGGUCUUGGAGUUUUGGAUGUAGGGAGUAGUGUAGCUUCUAAUUUAUGGCCAUUCAGUGUGAGACGCGUGCCCUCCACGAUGGCAAUUGGUAGCAGCAGUAGUACAUAUGCGAAGGAAGCUUUGAAGGAAUCGCCGCUUGUGACGAUGACUACAACGGAAGGAAGUGUUGAUACAGAUGGAUUGCCUUAUUCGCCGACGAGGAGGAGGGAGAUGCGGUUGGCUGAGGGGAAGAGUGAUAAACAACAGUUGUAA